UUCUGAAUAAGAAGCUGUAAUCUCCCGUCCACUCGGCCCUUCAUCCGUUCUCCAAGCUGCAAGCAGUACACUCGCGGCACACGUACUCUUGUCACAAGAUGAAACUCCAGGCGACAAUAUCGUUGUUGGCUUGCGCCACCAGCACCCUGGCCCAGGAUUUCCUCGAAGCUUCGGACUUCAAUGUCACCGAGGCUUUGAUUGCGAAUGGUGUCGAUGUUGAAGCUCUGCCUGAGUUGGCCAAUUUGACAGAGAAGCGUUCGCUGUUCAGCCCAUGCGCAGUAGCGUGCAACUCACUACGACUCGUUUUUGGAGACAAAGUUCUAUCGAGUGGAUCGGCCGCCUAUGAUGCCUUCACAAACGGCUACUGGUCAACGCAAACUGCAUCAGUGGAUCCCUUCUGCGUGUUCAAGCCGACAAAAGCCCUCGAUGUCUCCACUGUCGUUCUACUGUCUCGCCUGACGCAAUGCCCUUUCGCAGUCAAGGGUGGUGGACACACCGGCUUCCCUGGAGCAUCCAGUAUUCAGGAUGGAAUCACGGUCUCCUUAGAAAGCAUGAACGAGAUUACACUGUCUAGAGACAAGAAGACUGCUGUCAUCGGGCCUGGAAACCGCUGGGGAGCUAUCUACGCUAAGCUCUCGAAAGAGUCGCUGACUGUCAUUGGUGGCCGCGCUUCUGACGUGGGCCUUGGACUCGUCCUUGGAGGUGGCGUUUCGCAUCUGUCGAACAUAUAUGGCCUUGCAUGCGACAACGUUGCCUCGUUCGAGAUUGUCACAGCCUCAGGCGUGAUUCUGACCGUCACCCAAACUCAGUUUCCUGAUUUGUACUGGGCUCUGCGCGGUGGAGGCAACAACUUUGGCGUGGUCACCAAGUUCACCCUGGAGACCAAGCCCCAGGGCUUGAUCUGGGGUGGCACUCGUAUCCACCUCCAGCCUGACUACCCGAAGUUGAUCGACGCCUUUGCAACAAUGGCCGAGAGCGCGGCUGUGGAUCCCAAGGCUGUGCAGAUUCUGUCUUUUGCAGUCACUGCCGGCUCCCCCGCGGCUCAGAUCCAGCUCGAGUACCUUGAGCCGGUCAACGAAGCGAACCCCCCCGAGAUUCUCAAGGGAUACCUGUCCAUUCCGCCCAUUGUUGCCAGCACCAUCAACCGGACGCUGGAAUCCGACGCUGACAUGCUCAACGACCAGAUGCCCGCCGGCCACCGCUACUCUUUCUGGGCCGGCACAUUCAAGCUUGACCGCGACUUCAUGGCCUGGAUGCAAGCCCUGCACCAGAAGAACGUCGGCUCACUCCCCGACCAAGGCUCCCUGACAUUCCAGGCCUUCACCGUCCCCACGCUUUCUCAAGCAGCCAAGAAGGGCGGAAACGCGCUUGGCCUGAACCCUGCGGAUGGGCCAUUAUUCCACUGCCUUCUGUACAUGGUCUGGGACGACGCGAGCAAGGACACCACGCUCAACAAGGCCGCGUCCGAGUUCAUGGCUGCUGCGAAGGCUGAGGCGAAGACAAGGGGCCUGUACAACAGGUACAUCUACAUGAACUACGCAGGGCCGUACCAGAACGUCGUGCCGAGCUACGGCGAGGCGAACCUGGCGAAGCUCAAGUCGAUUGCGAAGAAGUACGACCCGCAUGCUGUUUUCCAGAAGCUGCAGCCUGGUGGCUACAAGCUCGAGGGUGCGCCGUACGGGGAGACGGUGUAAGGAAGCAGGGAAUGGUACAAUUAUCACAAUGAAUUCUGUCCAUGGAUCAUGAAGCUGUCUCUUUGCCCACACACAAUAUAGAAGAAGUGACUUAGCUGCCAUAUUAUCGUCGCUUAUGUGCAUAUCGAAUAUAGAAGGGAGAGACGCAGAUGCGACAAAUCUAAAU